AUGGAGAAUCCUUACGAGAAGGUCCAGAGUAAUAUUUUGUCAAGAAUAAUUGGAAAUGUCGAGCGUUUGAACGAGAGCGUGGUGAUCCUCAACCAGGAGCUUCGAAGGGUGAACAGCAAGAACAAGAAUUUGGAGCUAAUGUCUCAAAUGUGCGAAAACUAUCGAGAAUCUGUUGAUUUCCAGUUGCAGGCGACUUCGAAGAAACAGGAGCCACUAUAA